AUGGUGGCUAAUGCAACAUUACCCGAAGAGCUGAUACUCCAAAUCGUGUCCAGGGCGACGGUGAAGACGGUGGGGCGAUGCAGAUGCGUCUCGACAGUGUGGCGCUCUCUCUUCUCUGAUCCCCAAUUCGCGAAAUCGCACUUCCAGGUAUCCCCUAAGCAUCAAGCCCUAAUAUUUCUACGCGACGAAAAACUCAAAAGAGUGGAUUUCGAUUUGAGCAAUACGGCGUCGUUUGAGAAAGAGUCUCUGGUUGUCCGAGAUCUGAAGGCCCCUUUCGGUCACACUUGGCUCCGGUUUUUACGGUCCUGCAAUGGGCUGGUGGCUUUAGCUGACUUCGGUCAGUUUCUAGGGAAAGAAGAAAGCUUGUUUAUAUGGAAUCCGUCCACUGGGUUCUUGAAGAAAUUACCAUCCCGGCGAUCUAAUGAAAAAUUCAUAUUUGGGUUUGGGUGCGCGUCCAGCAGCGAUGAAUACAAAUUAUUGGUGGGUGCGAAGAUCUUUUCAUUCAAGACUAACUCAUGGAAGCCCAUUGAAAUGCCCCCCUCCUGCCGCCGCUUUGAUCGGGGAUAUGGUGUGCUUUGCAGGGAUGCAUUGUAUUGGCGGCCACUCUAUCCGGUUCAAGGACAAGAUUUGUAUGCUUUCAAUUUGGAAAAGGAGGAGUUUUCGAUAAUGAAGCUGCCUGAAGCUUUUCAAACAGGACGAGCCAAUAGUUACAGUGUCAUACGCGAUCAUCGUGUCACUUGUGAUGGGUGCUUGUUUGUAAUGGACGAGACUCCGGUGUGGGAUGGUGGUUGUGCGGUGGAGUAUCACCGUGAGUUUUGGGUCAUGAGAGAGUAUGGCAACAGUGAUUCCUGGACUAGAUCAUUUGGCGUAAAGAUCCCCUGCCCCAAACAGUCGGGGCUGAGGAGUUCGCCUCUAAACUUUGGAGCAAUUUCGGUUAUGGAAACUAGUGCAUUUGUGAGGAAUGAAGCAAAAGAAGAAGAACAGAAACUCAUGUCUACCACUUAUUAUCGCUAUGAAGAAGAGAACCCCCACAUGUAUAUGAUUGAGAGUGGCUCGUGUCAGAAGGUUGUAUACGAAGAGAGUCUGUAUUGUCUUGCUUAG